AUGGCUCCCUCUCACAACGAAGGCGUGCUCCGUAGGAGGGCUAUACAAUAUCUUCGAGAAUUUCCACGGCCUUCACCGCACAAGAGAAGACUGUCUGACGCCGACCCUGAUGAGACCAGUGACGAUGAAGCCGAAGAAUACCAGCAGCAUACUAAACUACAGCCAAGCACUUCAACUCCCCAGUCUGGCUCCAUGCCGCCAUCCAAGGUCUGCAAUGUUGACCGCCAUAUCACUCACAAGUCAAUAAUUCAUCGAGACCCAGAUCCCAACUUCCUCGUCAGACACCUCAUUGAGCACACCUCGCUCAUCACAUCAUUAUUACAACUCUAUCCGCACUCCACCGACCAGAAGGGUCUACGAAAUGAUGUAUCAAUGAUGGUUCAAGUACAAAAUCAGUAUGUGACUGAUUGGAUGAAGGCUGAGUCACAGAGUUCGCGUAAGCGACAGAAGAAUAACGACGAGAGCACUGUCAGCCUAGAUAACCGUCCGCAACCCAUCAUAAACCCUGCGACGAGGGUACAGAACGAGCAAGACCUCGCUUUGCGCCAGAUACUCUCUGCAAAUGCUGAUAUGUGGCAAGAUGAUACAGGGCAUGGUGUUGCAGAUGUGUUUGCGGUUGUACCUGCUUCUUCUCCAGUGGCGAGCAGCUUUGGCGGAAGAAUAGCCGGCUCUACGCAUAUGCCUUCAACCUCGAUGGCACAUGGUCUUCUUAUACAGGAAAAGCUCGGCACUACUGGCAGCGCCCUUACAACUCCAAAAAAGCACAUCCCGAAUUCCGCCGUAGGGUCAGCGCGCUACAAAGGCAUGCCUACCACUCUCAACAUGGAAGACAUACAGGCGAAACUUGGCGGACCGUCAAUUAACCCGAAAGUUAAAUCCAAGAGUUUGACCGACUUGAGUCUCCAUUCAAGUUCUUUUGAAGGCCUGGCAACUCCCAUCAAAACAAACCUCCAUCCCAUCAACGCUCUCAUCACUCCCUCCCCAAACCGUAUACACGACCCUUCAUCUUCCCGCAGCAAUCAAGGUAAAAGUAGCGAGCACGCCACCACACAGCAUCCAGCCCCAAGCUCCGACGACGACAGACUCCACGUUCGCAAUAAUGGCAACGCCUCAAGCAAGUUACAUAGUGAGAGUUCAUACGACUCUCGGAUUGGGAACCCGGGUUUCCGCUUUGAACGACGUGUUGAUGCAGUCCAUGGGCGAAUAGGAGCAAAUCCGUUGUUGAAGGAGUAA